CAUUCCUAUGAUCAACUCCUCCCCUUCUGAUCUUCUCUACUCCUAGAUCCACCGUUCACUACAAAGCACAGCUUCAUCCUACCGUUCUGAAUCUCCAUUGACCAACCCUCCCAUCCCCCAACUUUCCUUUCUUUCUCUCUCCUAAAACCCUUGUUAAACCUUGAACAACAAUCAACCUCUGCAACUUUAAACACCAUCUUCCUCCCCCAAAACACAGGAAGUUAAGAUCUUUAAUCAAAUUGAACCUCCAUUUUACCCUAAAAAUGGCGGAUUCUCUUAAAACCAGCUUAUCAAACAACCCCAAAGUUUGGAUUUUGAUCGGAAUAGGAGUUGCAGGGAUCGCAGUGGUAGUUUCUAGAGAGAGGAGUAGGAGGAGAGAAAAGAAGCUUCUAGAAAGAGAAGAUUUUGGCGCCUUUGUUGAACGUUUUGAGCUUCUCCCUUUUCCUCAGCCACCUCCUCCUGCUGCUCCUCUCUCCCUAUAUGCCCUCUCAUUCGCUGUCAAGGACAUAUUCGAGAUAAAGGGGCGAGUAACGGGGUUUGGAAACCCGGAUUGGAAGAGGACGCAUGGUGAAGGGGAGAAGACAGCGGUUGUGAUUGAUCACUUGUUGAAGAAGGGAGCUACUUGUGUGGGGUCCACUGUUUUGGAUGAACUCUCAUUUGGGAUUACUGGUGAAAAUGUGCAUUAUGGAACUCCUACCAAUCCGUCGACACCACACCAUAUUCCCGGGGGGUCUUCUAGUGGCUCAGCUGUAGCAGUUGCUGCACAGCUUGUUGAUUUUGCUCUUGGUACUGAUACAAUUGGGUGUAUAAGAAUUCCAGCAUCAUUGUGCGGUGUUUUUGGAUUUCGCCCGUCUCAUGGGGCUAUCUCUAUAGAUGGAGUCCUGCCAAAUUCUCAAAGUCUAGACACUAUUGGAUGGUUUGCUAGGGAUCCCUCUGUUUUACAUCGCGUUGGACAUGUCUUGCUGCAGUUGAAGGCUGAGCCUAAGAGGCCAAGGCGCUUCGUAGUUGCAGAUGAUCUAUUUGAACUUUCAAAAGCUUUAAAGCCCAAGACAUCAUAUUUUGUGAAAAAGAUGACAGAAACGCUAUCUGGAUACCAGAGUCCCAAGCAUGUAAAUAUUGGCCAAUUUAUUGCUUCAAAUGUCGCAAGUCUGAAAGCGUUUUGUGAAGAAUCUUCAACUGUGCAAAGUGGAGUAGGAGCUCUUAAAGCUCUUUCGUCGGUUAUGGUUUUACUUAAUAGGUAUGAGUUUAAAACAAAUCAUGGAGAAUGGAUCACGUCAGUGAAACCGAAGUUUGGGGAUAAUAUAUCUGGACGUGUUCGUACAGCAAUCAAGUCAGUACCUGAGGAUGUAAAAGUUCUGUACAAAGUGAGGACCGAAUUGCGUUCUGCAUUACAGAACCUUCUAAAGGAAGAUGGAGUUCUUGUUCUUCCAACAAUAGUUGAUCCUCCAAUUAAACGCAACUCAAGAAAAUGUCAAUCUGCUGAGUUUUAUGAUCAAGCACUAGUCUUAUCCUGCAUAUCAAGCAUGUCUGGUUGCUGCCAGGUCACUGUUCCAUUGGGAGAGAAUGACGAUCUUCCAACUUCAAUUUCCUUUAUUGCAUUUCAUGGAGCUGACAAAUUUCUGCUCGAUACUGUGUUGGAUUGCUAUUCAACACUUAAAGAACAAGUGAGACUUGCAUCUGAGUCCAUGCCAUUGCCAGUUGCUAAUGGUGACCUGAAUGCGUCUGAACUGCUCAAAGAGAAGGGAAAUGCUGCAUACAAGGGAAAACAAUGGAAUAAGGCUGUCAACUACUACACUGAUGCUAUUAAGCUGAAUGAGACCAAUGGAACUUACUAUAGCAAUCGAGCAGCUGCACACUUAGAACUUGGAGGCUUCCAGCAAGCUGAGGAGGAUUGCACAAAAGCUAUAUCACUCAGUAAAAAGAAUGUGAAAGCAUACUUACGAAGAGGAGCUGCUAGAGAGGCGCUUCUUCGAUAUAAGGAAGCUGCUGAAGACUACAAAUAUGCACAUGUUCUUGAGCCACACAGUAAGGCUGCUAGUCUUGGAGAAAAGCGGUUGAGGAAGCUCAUGAGUUAAUAAUAAUGCAGGAUUUCAAAACUCAAUCUGAAGGCAAAACAAAUACGAAGUACUGUACUUCUUAUGAGAAAUUAAAACGAGGGGAAGAGCAUGGUGUUCAUAUACUUGAUCUAAUUUUUUUUUUUCUUUUAAUUUGUGUAUAGAAAUUUUGGCAUUGUGGUGAAUGAUGCAACAUUCUUGCACAAAUUUUUUGGCGAGUUCCAUAUGCAUUAAAAAAAAAUGAAACAAGCUUCAUUGUUGAAAAAGAAA